AUGGAAUCGACUCUCAGGGAAGGUGAAGUAUCUUCAAGCCAUGGACCAGGUGAUGAAGAUGUUGACAGUGCUGCACUGAAGCCUGUCAUCAAAACAGAAACAUGGAUGUCAUCGCUGCCACCUAGUUUACACAAUUUGCCUCUCAUAAAAUUAGCCAUUCCGGGCACACAUAAUUCAGGCACAUUUUCAUGCUGUACAACACUUGCACCUGAUGCAGACAGUGCUAUCAAAUUGAUGACCAGAAUUCCAAAUAUGGGCGGUUUUGUUGACAGUGUCAUUCUUCGAUGGGCCCAGUGUCAGAGACUAAACUUCACUCAACAGCUGCUCUCGGGAAUUCGUUAUUUUGACCUAAGAGUGUCAACAAAGCCUGAUUCUGAUGAGUUCUUCUUAGUGCACACUGUAUAUGCUGCAAAGGUCAAUGAACUUAUCGAAGCUGUCACCUCAUUUUUGGACAGUCAUCCUCGUGAGAUUGUUUUGCUGGAUUUUAAUCAUUUCUAUGCGAUGGAAGAAGAGCAUCACGUGCAACUAAUUACCUACCUCAUCGCAGAAUUUGGUCCUAAGAUUUGCCCUAGAUGUCCCAUUGAUGAGCUGACAUUGUCCAAUCUUUGGGUGAAAGGUCACCAGGUGAUAAUCUUUUACCAAGACAAAGCAGUUGAACCUUUUGAGGAAAUGUGGCCAAAGCAACAAAUCUGCACCUUUUGGCCAAAUACAGACAAUCCUGAAACUUGCAUUGAACGUCUGCACAAAUUGUUUAAUAACAAGGAGCCACCAGCGGGCAUACCACAUUUCAGAGUUUGUCAAG